AUCCAACAUGAGUGGAAUCCACCAAAUUAUUCCAACACUGCCAUCCAGUGGUCAAUUUGUAAAGGCGCAACAAACGUUUGCUGGAACCACUGCACAAAAAUGAAAUUUUCUACACGGACUGUAAUCGCAGAGCAAAUUUAGGUAUCAAGUUGACGCGAUGGCUGAUACACACGAAACGGUCCGUAAAAAACAGAAAAUGUCCAAAGUUUGGGAUCACUUCAGACUUAAAGAAUACAACAUAGUACAAUGCGACCACUGCCAAGCAAAAUUGGCGUUCCACAGCAGCACGUCCACCAUGAUUUCGCAUCUGAACCGAAAGCAUCCGGUCGUUGUGUCCAGCUCAACAGGGGUCGACGACACUAGCACAUUGGUAGGUCGUCCAGUUCCAUCAUGCUCUGUUAAGGAAGCUGCCUUGCUAACAGAGAGCAUUUUGGACAUGCUGGUCACUGAUAUGCGCCCACUGUCCAUGGUGGAGGACAAAGGCUUUAGGAAGAUGAUCUGGACUUUGAACCCUAAGUACAGCAUACCAUCAAUCACACAUUUCAUAAGUUUGAUGGAGAAGAGGCACCAAGAAAUGGCAGAGAAACUGAGAAGUGUCCUCCACAACACGGAGUUUGUUGCACUGACGACAGACGUCUGGACAAGUGUGACGGCAGACGCCUUUCUCGGGGUGACCUGUCACUUCUUGGGGGAAGAUUGGGAGAUGAAGUCCCUCUACCUAACAACGACACGUCUCGAAGAGAGGCACUCGGCUGCCGAUAUUGCGGACUGGCUGGAGGAAACCGCUGCCAAAUUUAAUAUUCCAUUGCGCAAGGUGAGGGCAGUGGUCCAUGACAAUGAGGCCAAUGUAGCGGGGUCAGCGGGAAUUUUGACUGAGAGACAUGGCUGGACUUCUGUGAUGUGCUCAGGGCACACUCUCAAUUUAGUGGUUGAGAGCACGCUGAAAAACAAAGAAGCCAUUGCCAAUUGUGUGGAUUCUGCUCGGUGUCUGGUUGACCAUUUUCAGAGAAGUGAACUGGCUUGUACCAAACUUAAAGAAAAGCAGCAACAAAUGGGAAUGCCGCCACAAACGUUGAUUCAGGAUGUAAGUAGUCGGUGGAACAGCACAUACCACAUGCUGUCCAGGCUCCUCGGACAAAGGUGGCCGGUGACCGCGGCGCUUUCCGAUCCUGCAGUCACCAAACAGCACCACCGGGAUCUAGAUCCGGAGCAGUGGAACCUGAGUGAGGAGCUGACUCAGGUCCUCGGCCCAUUUGAAGGAGCGACGGAGUUUCUGAGCGGGGAGGAAUAUGUUACUCUCUCUGCUCUUCCGCAGCUGGUGCACAACCUCAAGAAAUCAACGCUGAGCUCAGCAUUUAAAACCGCAUCAGUCAGGGCCUUCCAAGCUCAAGUGGCCGAACAGAUCACAGCGAGAUGGCAAAAACUGUUUUUAUUUCAACCCGAAGCUCCUAACACUGUCCUCCUGGCUGCUGCUUUGGACCCGAGGUUUAGAAAACUGAAGUUCUUGCCUGCUGAAGAUGUGUUCAAAGUCCAGUGUACAAUCCAGUCCAUGGCACUCGCUGUUAAAAAGCAAGCGAGACAGUCGAAUAAAAGCAGACAUGAAGCAACCGCCAAAACAAAAGACCGUUUGGGUAGAAAAUAUGGAUCUUUGCUCAAAAGUAUUCUGGGAUCAUCAUCGGACUCCAGCAGCAACGAGGAAGAGGAUGAGGAGGAGCAGCUAAGUCAAGCGGUGCAGAAGGAGGUCUUGCAAUAUUUUGGAGAGCAGCCUCUCUCCAAGAAGGAGAAUCCACUGCCGUGGUGGAGAACAAACGCACCACGAUAUCCGACUUUGGCAAAGCUGGCCAAGUCGUUUUUGGGUAUCCCAGCGACAUCGACGUCCUCAGAGCGCUUGUUCUCCACUGCUGGGAACACAAAGCGAAGAGCAAGCCUUGGGUCGGAGCAAGUCGAUAUGUUGACUUUUCUCCAUUGUAAUCAUACACUCUUGUAAAAGCUUGCCCGUGCACACACACGCAGGUUUACACGUUCACACAACCCUACCUACCUCACCUGGGUACCUUUUGAAAUGUUUUGUGAUGCAGCAUUUAAGCCUCAAUGGCCGGGAAAUUUUAUUUUAAUAGGCACCUUUUCUUUUUUAAAACAUUGUUUUAGUUUUUAAUUUCAAUGAUCAAGAUCAUUUUUCUUCUUUUCACAUUUUAAGGUUAAUGUCAUAAAACAUGGGGUGGCACGUUGGUGCACUGGUUAGCUGCAAACCACCUGCUAACGGUUAGCAGGUCGCCUCACAGUUCAUUGGUGCAGGGUCUGACCUCUGGCCUUCCUGUGUGGAGUUUGCAUGUUUCUCCCAUGCUCAGGUGGGUUUCAUCCGGGUGCUCCGGAUUCCUCCCACAUUCCAAAGACAAUGGAUGUUAUAACAUCUCAUUUUCUUCAAUUGAAUCGUUUUAGAUUUCAGUUUUGCUGCAUCACCUCUGAAUGUUUUCAACUGCUCAUAAGUUGUCUUACACUGUAUAUUGAAUUUGUUUUGAACAUGUUUUAUAAAGAAGGCAUUAAGUCUUUUUUUUCUCCAUGUGG